CUAAGCUCUGAAGAUGUGGUAUCCUUUGGGACUGCUGAUGCUGCUUAACUGGAGUCCCAUUUCGUUGGCACAGAACAGCAGUGAACCGCCGUUGGGCAAGAAUUGGGACGACAAUGACGAUGACAAUACUCCCAUUGGCAGCGAGAAGGAGCUUUCGGAUUUAGUGAUCACCACAGCUUUGGGCAAGAUUCGAGGUACCAUAUUGCCUUCACAGGCUGGACACAACUUCUACGCUUUUCGAGGCAUACCCUAUGCCAAGGCGCCCGUGGAGAAUCUGCGUUUCAAAGCGCCUGAGCCGAUUGAGCAGUGGUUUGAUAUAUUCGAUGCCACCUUUGAUGGACCCAAGUGCCCGCAACCAGGACUUUUUAGCGAGGAUGUGAGCGAGGAUUGCCUCAAGCUGAACAUCUACUCGCGCGAAUUACCCAGCGAAUCAGAUCCGAAUCCAAAGAGGCCCGUCCUGGUGUUCAUACAUCCUGGUGGCUUCUAUUCGCUUUCGGGUCAGAGCAAAAACUUUGCAGGUCCGCAAUACUUUAUGGACCGCAACCUGGUGCUAGUCACAUUCAACUAUCGCCUGGGCACACUUGGAUUUCUUGCCACAGGAACUGAACAGGCGACAGGCAACAUGGGUCUUAAGGACCAAGUGCAGCUGUUGCGCUGGCUGAAACUGCACAUCUCGCGAUUUGGCGGCAAUCCCAAUGAGAUCACACUACUAGGCUAUGGAGCUGGUGCUAUGGCCGUCACCCUGCACAUGGUAUCACCCAUGUCGCGGGGUCUCUUUCAUCGAGCCAUUCUGAUGAGUGGCGCCGCAACUGGUCAAUGGUCGCCACCAGAGCACCAAAUGGAUGUGGCAAAGAAGCAAGCGGCGUUGCUCCAAUGCACAACAGAGAACAUCAAUGAAAUGCUCAACUGUCUUCGUGGGAAACAUUAUCUGGAAUAUGCGAACACGCUGCCUCACAUGUUUGACUUUGCACGCAAUAAUCCCUUGAUAUUGUGGAAACCCGUCAUAGAACCGGACUUUGGGCAGGAACGCUUCCUCAUCGAGGAUCCCGUGCGAAGCUAUCAGAACGGCGAUCACAUGAAGAUUCCCAUUAUAACGGGCAUGACGAAGGAUGAGUUCGUGGGUCCAGCCAUUUCCAUCCUGCAAAGUCCGUCCCUGCUGACUGCCUUCAAUGAGAAGUUCGACAGCCUAGCUCCCAUCUGCUUCCUGUACAAUGCUAGCAAUCCUCGAGCGCAGAACAUCAGUCACGAGCUGAGGCAGCAAUACUUUGGCCAGGAGCUCAUCAGUGCCAACAGUUCGCUGACGUCGCUUGCUUCGCUUUUCUCGGAUGCCUUAACGGGAUUCAGCGUGCAUCGAUUUGUUCACCUGGCAGCCAGGACCACCAAGGUGUACUACUACCGCUUCUCCUAUCAAGGUACUCGCAGUCACAUCCAUUAUCCGGAAGAUGCGCCGUAUGGCGUGGUGCACCACGAUGAUCUCAUGUAUCUAUUUGUGGAGCCUUCAAUCAGUCGCAUGUUCACUGAAGACGAUGCCGAGUUUCGAAUGGUGAAUAUCAUGACACGCAUGUUCUCGGCCUUCGUCUACAAGGGUGACCCUAAUAAACCAACUGAUCUGCAACUACGUGAGAUUCGCUGGAGACCAUUCAGCUUCAAGAAGCGCUACUAUUUGGAUAUUGGCAAUGAGAUCGUUCUGCACGAGGGUCUCAACUCUGAACGCUAUGAGCUUUGGAAGCGUUUGUUUCCUCUCAAUUGGCGACGACAGUCUAAGGAUCAGUGAUUCAUCUGAGAUGAGGGUUUACAUAGCUUGUGUACCCUAC